AUGCACCCCAUCUUGGGGCGCAUUGCCAUCGGUUCCGUGCUAUUUCUUAUUCUUUUCCCUGUCUUAACCUGCCAGGUCUACAUCAUAUGGCCAUGGUAUGGACGUGAGCUGUCCGUAGAGCUCAUAACUCUUCUCUUGCCAUUCAAUGUUUUUGCUAUAUCGUUACUAUGGAACUACUACCUAUGCAUAAUUACUGAUCCUGGGGAGGUUCCGGAUGGUUGGAAACCAGACACGCAAUCAAGCGAAGGGUACGAGGUUAAAAGACUGACAGGUUCCCCUCGCUUUUGCCGUACCUGCCAGAAGUUCAAGCCUCCAAGGUCACAUCAUUGCAGACAAUGCAACAGAUGUGUGCUGAGAAUGGACCACCAUUGUCCUUGGACGAAUAACUGCAUCGGCCAUUUCAAUUAUGGACACUUUAUUCGUUUUCUAUUUUACGUGGACGUCACUUGCUCGUAUCACCUCGCUAUGGUCUCAUACCGAGUGAUGGCCGUAUCUGGGAGACGGUACUAUGACCAGCCAACGGGUGCCGAACUUAUCUUUGUCAUAUUAAACUACGUUUUCGUCGUCCCCGUGAUCCUUGUAGUUGGAGCCUUCAGCAUUUACCAUUUCAACAGUCUGUUGGGCAAUACCACAACUAUUGAAGGCUGGGAGAAAGAUAAAGCUGCAAUGUUACGAAGACAUGGCAAAAUUGAAGAGGUCAAGUUCCCAUAUGCAAGUAUCUCAUUCAUGUCGACAAACGAUUUACUGAUGCUAACGCAGAACCUCGGCGGGAGGCGCAACAUUGCCUCAAUUCUCGGCAACAAUCCACUUUUGUGGUGUUGUCCAACCGUCCCUCCUGGAACUGGUCUUAAAUACCAGCUUUCAGUUGCUGAUGAACAUCAUAACUGGCCUCCUCGAGACCCGGCUUUGGCUGACCAGCAACCCUUCAAGCUUCCUGACAGUCCAUGGACAUACGAAAAUGGGGAUGUUAAUCCAAAUCUGCUUCCAUCAAAUAGUCAACUACGUGGUGUUAAUGGUAACCGGCACAAAUCUACGCAAGAUCCUGUCUCUGUUUUACCACCCUAUCAUCUAGAUUACGAGGAUCCUGGAGUUGACGCCCAUCCUGGACGACCGUAUUCUCCUGGCAGUGAUACAGAUUACUCAGAAGAGGGGCACUCUGGAGCUGUCAGGGUGCGUCGGGGCUCGGAGGGGUACGAGGUGCGCCCUCUAAAUCGGGAGCAGAUGUUGCAAGAAUACGUGCAGGACCGGAUUAAUGAGGCUGGCCGAUACCAGGUGUAUGAACCUGAGCACACUCCAGAGAGUGACCAUGAUUUUGAGAUGGAUGGGUUCGAGCAGGAUAUCGAUGAGCCAUCUGGGGAGGUCAACACAAUCUCGGAUGAUGAGGUUUCUCUUGCAUUACAAUGA